AUGCCGACAUCGCCGCCGUCGCUCCUGGACCUCCUGAGCCCCUCCCCUCCUGCUCCUGAGGCGGCGGCGUCGUCUGGACACGGCGGCGCCACGGUGGUGCAGGUGGUGCCGAUGGACGUGUCCGAGGAGCUGCUGGGCAAGUUCAUGGACGCCAGCGAGUUCGGCUUCGACUACGACACGAGCGGCCUCUGGUCCCCGCUCGUGCUGCUGCGGCCGGAGGUCCUCGCGCUCGCCUCGGCCCGCGCCAAGCGCCCACGCCCUCGCCGGGGCUGGAGAAGGAAGAUGUUUUGCUGCUGGUGA